AUGGCCUCGGGGUCCGAGUUCGCCUGCAUCUACUUCGCCCUCAUCCUGCAUGAGGACGAGGUCACCAUGACAUCAAUGUCAAUGUUGAACGUUUUGGGCCUGGCUUGUUUGCAAAGGCCCUGGCUAAUGUCAACAUUUGUAGGGGCUGGUGGACCUGCUCUGGCAGCUGGUGCUGCUCCAGCAGGUGGUUCUGCCACCUCUGCUGUGGCUGCCCCGGCUGAGGAGAAGAAAGUGGAAGCAAAGAAAGAAGAAUCAGAGGAGUCUGAUGAUGAUAUGGGCUUCGGUCUUUUUGACUAA